AUGCCUGACCUCUGGUAUAUAUCAAUUCACUUACCCUUUUUCGUAUUUUGUUGUCUCCGCUCUACUUACCGCUCCUUUCCUGUCUCUUAUGGACACCAUCUCUUAGACCAUGGCAAGAUUGAAGACACCCGUACUUCUAGUGCCAACAUGCGCAACGAGAAGCAAGCAAGACGGGCUUCUAAAGCACAUCCUAAGCAAAGCAGUCGACAAGGACGAGACAAAACGAAAACAUCCAAAGAGGCCUUCUUGAACGGCUCUCAGGGCUGUGAUAACGGCCAGAUUCCAAAAGAACCCGCAUCCCCAAGGCCGGGAGAACCUGGAUGGCAGCUUUUAGAGAUGCCGAUAACAAUAGUGAGGGUUAUGUGA